GGUCAGCGCAGGAGGAAUAGCAAUGCUGCAUAAGCAAAAUUCCGACAGCUUCAAUUAUCAAUACAAUGGAGAAGAAGACGAUCAGCUUCUGCUGCUGCAAUAUCCCUAAAUUCUAUCCUGUUCUCAAUUCCCCGAUUCCCAUUUCAUUGUUCAUUCUAUUGUGCCUCCUCGAAGCUGCAUCUUCUUCGAUUAACUCCAAACUUACUCCUCCUCCGCUUCCCAUUCUCCCCAUCCCCUCCGCUUCUCAGAUCCAAUGGCAACUCGGAGACAUGGCUCUCUUCCUUCACUUCGGCCCCAACACCUUCACCGAUUCAGAAUGGGGAACUGGCAGCACCCACCCAUCUAUCUUCAAUCCCACGAACCUCGAUGCUGCUCAGUGGGUCCGAGUCGCCAAGGAUGCGGGGUUUUCCCGUCGUAUGGAGAGAUCAAGGAGGUGUGGUUGGAUGGUGCAAAGGGAGAGGGUGAGAAGGACAUGGAAUAUUUUUUUGAUUCUUGGUUUAGGCUAAUUCAUCAGCUCCAACCGGGGGCUGUUAUUUUCUCCGACGCCGGUCCGGACUGCCGGUGGGUUGGUGAUGAAGCUGGUGUUGCCAAGCCUACUUGUUGGUCUCUUUUUAACUCCAGUGCUGUAAAAAUUGGUGGCAGUGAUUCUCAAUACUCUGGGGAAGGUGACCCAUUUGGCCAUGAUUGGGUUCCAGCUGAAUGUGAUGUCUCAAUAAGGCCUGGUUGGUUCUGGCAUCCAUCAGAAGUUCCAAAGUCUGCGAGUACUCUUCUUGACAUAUAUUACAAAUCAGCUGGCAGAAACUGCCUUUUGUUGCUAAACGUACCACCAAAUUCCUCGGGCUUAAUAUCAGCUGAAGAUAUACAAGUGCUUCAAGAAUUCACCAAGCUCCGGGACUCCAUUUUUUCCCAGAAUUUGGCAGAAAAUGCUCUUCUUGCUGCUAGCAGUACGAGAGGAGAUGGCGACGACGGACGCUUCGUCCCCUCAAACGUCCUCAAAGAAGGUAUUUACUCUUACUGGGCUCCUGCUGAGAAUCAACCCAGUUGGGUUCUGUAUUUAAAGCUUCGAGAUUUAGUAUCCUUUAAUUUGCUGCAUAUUCAAGAGCCUAUUCACAUGGGACAGAGGAUUAUUGAAUUUCAUUUUGACAUUUUGAGUGAUGAGGGUGUUUGGAGGACAGUGGUGAGGGGCUCCACUGUGGGAUAUCGGAGAAUACUAAGAUUUCCAACCGUAGAAUCUCAGUUUUUGAGACUUGUUAUUGAGAAGUCAAGGGCCGAUCCCCUCAUUUCUUAUUUGGGGAUUCAUGUGGAUAACUUCACUCACUUGAGUAAUCAGUUGGAUACAAGAUCGGGAGCAAGCAUCAAUGGCAGUGAAGUUCGUCGUCAGAUUACCUUUAACCAUUCUCAGAUUUCUGCUGUAUAAAAUUCAUGUUGUCAUUCUAGCUCAUAUUUGUAACUACUUCUUGAAAUGUGAUGGAACAUUGUUUUCUGUUUCAUAUAAAUCGACAUAAAAAUUGCAACUA